AAUUAAAUUCCAGAAAAAAGAAAGCAACAUAUGUAAAAUUAAAAUUUUAUUCCUUAUUCUUAUUCGGUCCACUGGUUAACAUCUGCAGAAAUCGUCGUCCACGUCCACGCUGCUGCCGGUUGACCUUCUUCCGCUUGUUCUUACGGUUCAGCUUCCGACCGGGUCCCACCCGUUCCAUCCUGUCGUCCACUUCCCGUCGCAAACGACGCCCCAGCAUUCCAGACUGAGUCGCAAUGAAACUCAUCUCAUCCUCGAACGUCUCAAAGUCAACCUCUUGUUCAGCAGACUCUAGCUUCUCCAAGCAUUUGAUAUCUGUUUAGAGCAGAAAAAAAAACAUCAAAAUUAACACCCGACCGUUCCCGACCCCUGAUCGAACCCAUUUCGAAACUUACGUUCCUCACCAUCGAUGCCACAAUCGCAAACACAGUCGUCGCCCACGAAGCUCCCGUCGCAGCCGCAGUAGUUACACAGAAUCAAGCACGAAUCGUUCUUUUGCAGCGUGUUAGCACCGCCACCACCCCCGAUAAGGUCGGUCGAGUUGGCCAAACUGUUGCGCAAACUGCUCUCCGCCACACUGGUCACGAAUACGAGCAGCAGCCCCAGACCCAACAUCGAAAUCAGGUACUUCAUCGUCGUCGCCGUCGUCGUCGUUGUGUAGUUAUCUUCGCACAGCUUCUUCACUACAAAAAGCACCAAGAUGUCACGCUGCUUCAACGGGCAGGUGUGAGUUAUAUAUCUUUUAAAAGAACCUUUCCCGAAGAUCCAGCACUUCAGUUUUAGCUGACCCAUCAACAACGGCGGCUGCUGAGUGCGGACUUUUCGGUUUGAGGUGCCCUUCUAGGUCGGUUGUUUGUUUAAACAUUUUCGCAACGCGUGAGGGUGUAGUGACUGAGCGAGUGCGUCGAAAAUUUUCCCGAGUUUCAUCAACGCAUGACCAAAGGUCCUUGAGUGUAGUUGCCAAAUCAUGGGAUGUUUAUGGCCGUGGUUUCUUACGGUAUGUGGGUUGAUGGUAGUAGUUGCGGCCACUGAGUUAACGGACGAUAAGGAUGGCGAACUUUCGCUUACGGAAGAAUUGGCUAGCGAUGGAGUGUGGAAAUUCACCUGUGACGAAUACUGUGCGUUCUGUGGGUGCGUUGGGCAAUUCCUACGCGAUGAAGACAAGUGUGUAUGCAGUUGCGAACCGAGUACUGCCGAUUUCGACUGUCUGGAAGACGUAAGGCAAACAAAAGAAUUCCUUGGAUUGAACUACACCUUGGAAAUACGUGAGGUCAAACCAAACCCCUUGGAAGACAGUGAGGCUUCAAACCUGAGAAUUCAACGUCAGAUUAGCCCGGCUCCAUCUCCGAGACGCCGUCCAGGACGGAGGAUGUCUAGACCGGGUCGUGCUGAGCCACGAUCGCCACCGAAUCCUGUGCGGCCGCAUAGGCGACCACGUGAAAGAGGGCCAUUUCAUCGUCGGGAACCGUUAGAACCUACAAGCCCGUGAUUUGAGAAGCAUUGAAAACGAAGUGACGUGCACUGAGACCACACCUCAUGGAUCGGUAAAAAAUAUCAAAAUUAAUAAGUCACUCACUUGAUCACGUGACGUGGUUGAAAUUAAGGUGAUUCAUAACUACCACGUCAAUGCACUUUACAGUAUAGUGGAGUUGUUGAAAAAUUAGUUUAUAAUUCGUAAAAAGUGGAAACCCAUAUUUAUGUAUUUUCUCCUUUGUAAUUUCAUGAUUAUUUAUUAUCAUAUUCACAAGACAUCCAGUACAGAGAUAAAUAAAUGACAA